AUGUCAUACAACCCUGCCAACAAGAGCAACGCCUCGUCCCAAUAUCAGAGAGUGAUCUCGAGUCCGACGCUGGGCCAUGCGAGCCCCCCUGGCACAAAAGCCCAGACACAAAAGGGCCGCAUUCUCAACAAUCUUUUCAAUCGCGACCGCGGGAGCAACGACACCCUGGGAAGCAAUAGUGCCAAGGCAUCCUCGCCAAUCGUUUCCUCGCACUCGCCCAUGCCUCAACACUCGAGCCUCAGUCCCACUCCACAGCCCAGCACCCUCUCCGAGAAUAGUACCAGAGGGGUUUAUCCUUCGGCGACUUCUCUCCAAACUGCUGCUUCAGGAGAAGGUGUUUCUUCCUCUUCUCUCUCUACUUCUCUCGCCUCGUCUUCGCCCAACCAAAAAAAGUCCAUCCUCAAGCAGUCCAACAGAUCCCCAAUGGCUAGCAGCAACACCCCUCUCCCAUUGUCACCCAAGAAUACUCGUUCAACAGCGACUCAACAACAACGACCACAGAAACAAGAGCAGCAACAGCCAGUAUCGAACGACCUCUCGUUUCUCCCUGUUGGUGGAGCUGCUACUGGAGCCGGCGUUGUCGAAGCUGCCCACGCCUCUGUCCCUUACCAGCUUACACCAGCGUAUCCUCAACAAUCUGUGCCAUUCCAGCAACAACAGCUACAACAGCAAUCUGCGCCUUUCCAGCCUUAUCAACCACAACCCAUCGCACCGUACCAACAACCUAUGCCUGCAUUCUAUUCCUAUGACAGCAACAACAGCGACUAUUCAAACAACAACCGCUUUUCGGGAGGUACGGCCCAGCUGGGCGGAUACCAGCAGUCACAUAGUACUGACUCGACCCACCGGUCAUCGAGGAACAUGAGUCCUGCACCGGAACCUAACUACAACUUGAUCCAGACGGAUGCGACACUCGAAGGGCUGGCCCAGCGGUGGCACGCCUACCAGGCGGUGAUGAAGAAGUCUUAUACAGAAGAUCCAUUCUACAAGCGCUGGACGCGGUCCAAGUGGAUUCUGCUGUUUUCCGCACUUCUUCUCCUGGGAUACUCUACCGCCAUCCUCUACUACUCUUUAACCUAUAUCAUCCACAAGGUUCCGGAGGCGCCUGUUGUCAUGGAAUUCCACAGUAACAUCAUCUAUCUGACACUUGCGGGAUCAGCUUUCGGGAUUGCGAGCGCGUUGGUGGGUCUGGUGGGGAUUUUCCGGGAAAACAGGAUAUGGCUGUCGUACUACACGAUUGUGUUAUGGCCUGGGUUUGCGCUCUAUAUUGCUGUGGGCUAUAUUGCCUUCCGCCGAGCCAAGAUGAAUCUCCGCGCACACAUCAAGGAUGAGUGGAUUUUCUCGUACACUCGUGAACAGCGCCUUCUCGUCCAACACAGCUUGUUUUGCUGUGGAUUCCAGGACUCGACAUAUUAUGCGGCGUACGACAUGAGAUGUUUCCCGACGACGACGUUGCCCUCGUGCGAACACAAGUACAGUCUCUUUGAAAAGAAUCUGUUGAAUUCGCUCUGGACCUGGUCGUUCACUGUCGCACCUGUCCAUUUGUUUGUCAUGAUUGUUGCACUUCUUUGUUCCAACCAUGUCAAUAAUCUCCUUAGGUCAGCCAGACCAGGACUAGUUAGCUUUAAGGAGAAGAAGCAGUAA